CCUAGUCAGUAGGCAACUGGAAGGGCUCGCCUCUGACCGAACACAGACUGAAGGGAAGCUGUUCAAUACCAGUUUUGCCUCCAACCAUGGCAAAAAUCAUCCUGAGGCACCUCAUUGAGACGCCAGUGCGCUACCAGGAGGAGUUUGAAGCUCGAGGCUUGGAAGACUGCAGGCUGGACCACGCUUUGUACGCACUCCCGGGGCCAACUACUGUGGACCUGAGAAAAGCCAGGGAGGCCCAGCUUCCUCCGGUGGACUCAGAGGCCAAGAUGCCGGCCCAAGAAGGCAAAUCCCGCUUCCAGAUCCUGCUGGACGUGGUCCAAUUCCUCCCCGAAGAUAUCAUCAUUCAGACCUUCGAAGGCUGGCUGCUGAUCAAGGCUCAGCACGGAACCAGAAUGGAUGAGCAUGGUUUUAUCUCAAGGAGUUUCACCCGACAGUAUAAACUGCCAGAUGGCGUCGAAACCAAAGAUUUGUCGGCCGUCCUCUGUCACGAUGGAAUUCUGGUGGUGGAAGUAAAGGAGCCAGCUGGGACUCAGUGA